GGGGCAUUGCGCAUGCACGGUGACCGUGGCCCUCAUCACCGUUUAUCUUAUCGCUUGGUGACUGCUGGACAGGCUUGGCUCAGCAUUGGAACGUGAGGAAAGGCUGUCAGACCUUUUAAGUUCAUUCAGCAAACCUAGUUGGAACGGAUUGAGCUAUUUCACGAAUUUAGUCAGGCGAUAGCCGGAGACACAAUUUUGUCUGGGCGUCGACUGUUCUCAACGGAUCCGAGCAUCCAUCCCUGUCAUUGCUAGCGGUCUAGCUAACAUCAGUGAGGUGACAGCCAUAAUCGAGGACGCUGACAACGCGCCGCUAAAAUGUCCGGAUACCAGGGAAAGAAAAAUAUACCUCGCAUUACAAGUGAUCGUCUCCUUAUCAAAUGUGGAAAGAUUGUAAAUGAUGACCAGUCUUUCCUUGCUGACAUCUAUAUCGAGGAUGGAGUCAUCAAGCAAAUUGGAGAGAAUCUGAUAGUUCCUGGUGGGGUGAAGAUCAUUGAUGCCCAUGGAUGCAUGGUGAUGCCCGGGGGCAUAGAUGUGCACACACGCUUCCAGAUGCCAGACAGGGGCAUGGUGUCAGCAGAUGACUUCUACCAGGGCACCCGUGCUGCUUUGGCUGGGGGAACCACCAUGAUAGUUGAUCAUGUGGUUCCAGAACCUGGUGUGAGCCUGGUGGCAGCGUUCAACCAGUGGAGGGAAUGGGCCGACAGCAAGUCCUGCUGUGACUACUCCCUGCAUGUGGACAUCACUUACUGGCACAAGGGCAUGCAGGAGGAGAUGGAGAGCCUGGUGAAGGACCACGGUGUCAACUCUUUCCUGGUCUAUUUGGCUUAUAAGGAUGUUUUCCAACUUUCCGACUCCCAGAUGUACGAGGUGUUCAAUGUCAUCAGAAACUUGGGAGCAAUCGCUCAGGUGCACGCAGAGAACGGGGACAUCAUUGCUGAGGAGCAGCGUAAGAUCCUGGAGCUGGGCAUCACUGGCCCUGAGGGUCACGUGCUGAGCCGCCCGGAGGAGGUGGAGGCAGAAGCAGUCAACCGGUCAGUCACUCUGGCCAAUCAGACCAACUGCCCCCUCUACAUCACCAAGGUGAUGAGCAAGAGUGCUGCUGAUGUCAUCGCCCUGGCCAGGAAAAAGGGUGCUGUGGUGUAUGGAGAGCCCAUCUCUGCCAGCCUGGGCACGGACGGAACCCACUACUGGAGUAAGAACUGGGCCAAGGCAGCUGCCUUCGUCACCUCCCCACCCCUCAGCCCUGACCCCACCACCCCUGAUUAUCUCAACUCACUGCUCUCCUGUGGUGACCUGCAGGUGACUGGUAGUGCUCAUUGCACGUUCCACACCUCUCAGCGUGCUGUGGGCAAAGACAACUUCACCCUCAUCCCAGAAGGCACCAACGGCACUGAGGAGAGACUCUCCCUCAUCUGGGACAAGUGUGUGGUGACUGGAAAAAUGGACGAGAACCAGUUUGUGGCUGUGACCAGCACCAACGCAGCUAAGAUCUUCAACCUGUACCCCCGUAAGGGCCGCAUUGCAGUGGGCUCUGACGCCGACCUGGUCCUCUGGGACCCAGACGUCAGCAAGAUCAUCUCUGCCAAGAGUCACAACCUGGCUGUGGAGUAUAAUAUCUUCGAAGGCACCGAGGUGCGUGGAGCUCCCCUGGUGGUGGUCAGCCAGGGCAAAAUAGUGUUGGAAGAGGGCAACCUCCAUACCACUGAGGGCUGUGGGCGCUAUGUGAGCCGUAAGCCCUUCCCUGACCAUGUCUACAGGAGGAUAAAGGCUCGCAGCAGGCUGACGGAGCUGAGUGGGGUCCCCAGGGGUCUCUAUGACGGGCCAGUGUGUGAGAAUGUGACACCUAAGGUCAUGACCCCGGUCACCUCGGUGAAGACCUCUCCAACCAAGCUGCAGCAGCAACAGCAGCAGCAGGCUCCCCAGCCCGUCCGUAACCUGCACCAGUCUGGCUUCAGCUUGUCUGGUGCGCAAGUUGAUGAUAACAUUCCCCGCCGCAACACCCAGCGCAUUGCGGCGCCCCCUGGUGGUAGGUCCAACAUCACCAGCCUGGGUUAAGCUCUACUGUCAGCUGAGCUAGGGAGGAGAGGAGCGGAGCAGGAGGAUCCACCUCAGCUCCUAGACCAACCAUCACAACCAACAAAGCUUCAUCUAUUGUGGUCCCGUCUCCCUGACUUAACUGCAAGCUGGUGGUCAAAAACACUCCAUCCAUCUUCAUCCAUACUUAACCGCUCUGCCACCUCAUUCAAAGAAAAAAAAAGAAAUAGCACUCAAUGUUUUGUUUUGUAUUA